AAUUUUUCAGAGCUAGUAUCGUAUAAGCGAAUUCCAAACUAAUCCUUGCAUGUGAGACAUGUGAACCAAACUGUUCCAAUUCAAUUCCGUUUUUCGUUAACGUCAUUCUGCUCGUAAUUCGUGCCUAUAUUUCUUAAUGUGUACAUUUAACGGUCUUGUAAAUGGCGUACAAAGCGCUUUGCAGGUCAACUGCUGUCCAAUUUUUUUCGCCCGCGAUGCAAAGGAGAUAUGAUGGCCGGGCGAAGUUUCGUGCCAAUUUUCCAUGGUUGUAGAUCAAUUCAUUCGCUUAGAAGAACCUUUAGACGUGCUUUACAAAAGAGACUUUUCAGUAAUGGCGCGAUACCUCCGCUUAACGAACCUCUUCCUAACAUGCCCGCUCCUGCACCGGACAUGGUUUGUGGAGCGGACUGGCAGAACCGGCAUGAUCACGUAACACACGUUACAACUCUUGAUAAUGGAAUCAAAGUAGCUUCAGAAGACUCAUUUGGACAGUUCUCCACAGUUGGUGUGGUAAUUGAUGCAGGCUCUAGGUAUGAAGUUGACUACCCUUCAGGUUUAUCACACUUACUGGAGAAACUAGCUUUCCAGAGUACAGUUGAAUUUCAAAGCAAUGAUGAUAUCAUGCAGGAGCUUGAAAAAUUCGGAGGCAUGGCAGAUUGUUCAUCAUUUAGAGAUGCCAUUAUUUAUGGAACAUCUUGCUUUACAAGUGGCCUGCCCACGGUGAUGAAGGUGUUGUCUCAGGCUGUUUUUCAGCCCCAGCUUACAGACCAAGAGAUUGAAGAGCAAAAAAUGGUAGUCCAAUUUGAACUUGAGAACUUGGAAAUGAGGCCUGAUCCAGAACCUGUCCUUACAGACUUAAUACAUGCAGCAGCUUUUCGGGACAACACCGUUGGCUUACCCAAGUUGUGUCCACCAGAAAACAUAGGAAAGUUUAAUUCGACAAUUUUGCAAGACUACAUGAAGAGAUACUAUCAGCCUUCCAGAAUAGUUAUAGCUGGAGUCAAUGUGGACCACCAACAUCUGGCAGACCUGACAAAUGACUACUUUGUUAACAAACCACCCAUGUGGCAAAGAGAAGGAGAGGCAACGGAGAGUCCGGAUAGAUCUAUAGCGCAGUACACUGGAGGCAUUGUUAAGGUAUUUUGGAAUACUCCAGGCCAUUUACUGAGUUCAUAUGUUAAUGUCAUGUGUAUUGAUUUUCAGUUGCGAGAUCUCACACAUGUGAUUGUCAAGGAAUACUUUACUCUUAUCAAUGGACCAAUAAAUGAGGUCGAGGUAGCAAGGGCUAAAAAGCAGCUCCAAUCCAUGUUGAUGAUGAAUCUAGAAUCCCGAGUUAUUGUAUUUGAGGACAUAGGAAGGCAAGUUCUUGGGCUCCACAAAAGGAAGUCUGCUCAGGAGCUAUUCCAAAGCAUUGAAAACGUCACAGUCGAUGAUAUUAAACGCGUCAGCUCCCGGAUGUUAGCGUCCAAACCUUCCGUUGCAGCACUUGGUAACCUGACCAACCUACCCAAAUUUGAAGAGAUCGAACGUGCGUUUUGUAACCGCGGCACCUUUAGCGGAGCAUCACGGUUUUUCCUUUUUAGGAAUUGAUGGCAUGGAAACCAAUCUAGGCACUGUUUUCAUCAUGCAAUCAUACAUCCAUGCAUGUUCAAGUAUUCAUACAAUGAUGUACAACAGUUGGUUGCCAGCACGGCGGGAACAUUUUAAAACGUCAACUAAACAGGAACCGGCGUUCGCUUUUCUAACACACGCCAUUGCAAAAUUUUCCUUCAGCUGGUAAAUGGUCUAGUGUGCAAGCCUUGUCCAAGUUCAUAAACACUGGAGAUAAUGAGUGAAAAAUGAGUUUCAGAGCACGAGAAGAAAAGGGUCACACUCUUCUUCUCGUAUCCUUAAUUUUAACCCCCCCCCCCCCCCCCCCCCCC